UCUGACGAAACUUGGGGUCUGAGUGAGAGCGUUAUUGUGUUCAGCGAUCUAUCUUCCUUCCUCCGAGACGCUCUUGAUCCUUUUGACAGUCACUUCGGCACAAAAUUGGGAAUCGAUGGAAUUGGAUUAUCUCUACUCUUCUCUGGAUUCUAUCGGAUCGCUCACUUCCCUCUGGUUUUCGUCCUCUAUCCCCAGCUGAGUGCUGAGGAGUCGGAAAAGGCCAAGAAGCAAGCCUUCAAGCAGGAAGGCGCUUCGUGGAACUUGAAGCGACCGUCGUACCCGGCAGACCUACUGUUGCAGCUGUUCAGCAACUGCACCAGCGGCAAAUUCAACUCGAGCGAAAUUCUCGAUUUGAAGCUGGAAGAUUCGCAGGUGAAACACCUGAUCUCCAACUGCACGCUCAUGGAGUUCAGCAACACCGAAGCACCGCUGACGAUGGUCCGUCUCACGACAAUCCUCUAUUUUAUCAUCUGGAUCGUGGGCCUGUGUGGAAAUACCCUCGUGAUCUAUGUUGUGCUCCGUUUCUCCAAAAUGCAGACUGUCACCAAUAUGUACAUUUUCAAUCUGGCACUUGCCGACGAAAUGUUUCUCACCGGACUUCCGUUCCUCAUAACGACUAUGACCAUCCGUGAUUGGAUUUUUGGACAAACCAUGUGCAAGAUCUACAUGACAACGACGUCGAUCAACCAAUUCACAUCAUCACUUCUGCUGACCGUUAUGUCUGCCGACCGGUACAUAGCCGUGUGUCAUCCGAUCUCCUCGCCUCGAUAUCGAACUCCUUUCAUCGCAAAAUUCGUCUGUCUCACAGCAUGGACCGUAUCAGCGCUGCUCAUGGUCCCUGUUUAUCUAUACGCGACGGCGUUCGAUAUCCCGAAGGAGACCAUCAAUGGUGUCGUGCAUUCGCGGAAGGUUUGCAACAUCUACUGGAUGGACACUCCAACCCUCACCGGGCAGACGGCUUUCACGCUGUAUUCAUUCUUCCUGGGAUUCGCGAUCCCGCUUGUUCUCAUUCUGGUCUUCUACUUUCUGGUGAUCUUCAAGCUCAGUAAGGUGGGACCCAAGACGAAGUCGAAGAACAAGAAGCGAUCACAUCGCAAAGUGACAUAUUUAGUGCUCACUGUUAUCACGUGUUACAUUUUCUGCUGGCUGCCAUAUUGGGUCGGUCAAAUCAUAAUCAUUCUGAGACCUACGUCGUCCAACGCACAAAGAUCACAAUUCCAGGUGGCAGUAUUCCUCCUGAGUGGAUGCCUGGCUUACGCGAACUCCGCAAUAAACCCAGUGCUCUACGCUUUCCUCAGUGACAAUUUCAAGAAGAGCUUCGCGAAAGCCUUCACUUGCGCCAGCAAAAAAGACGUGAAUGCCCAACUUCACGUGGAGAACUCGAUAUUCCCCGGCGGACGAACUCGCGGCGGUUCAACCCGAGGAGCCAACGGCACGCCGGGACUUUCAGCUCCGAGAAACGGAAACGCUCCCAGUGUCAACGGACCUCGACUCGGAGCGGAUCUUCUCGCCGUAAAUAACAAUUGUGGACUCACACUCUCGACAGGUCAAGAUUUUGAGGCGUCUACGAACUGCACGCGCAGCGAAGAACACGAUAUCGCGGGAGAGAGCACCCCGAACAACGACGAGCAGCAGCCCCUGAACGAGACCGCUCAGAUCUGA